UCUCCAGAUGCUGUUCGUGGGGAACUAAGCUGCUUUCUAUCUAAAACUGCAAAGAGCGAUGGAGAGUUUAAGCAAAGACCUUGCCUAUUCGGACUCAUCCCAGCCACCCUCCGCAAACAGGGAGGAGUAUGCCAUGCCAGAUGUCAGCAUCACCCGUCGCUUGAGAGACCGGGAAAUGCUCCGGAAAAGAAGAGCUGAAGCCCAUGAGAAAGACUCAGUUCAGUGGGUUCUGAGGGAUUACAAGAAGAUCAAACGGCAAAAGAGAAGCAGAGGAGGCAGGCGAGGACGAGGCCGCCAGCCUGUGAUGGAGCCCAGCCAGGAGCCAGAACUGGAGCUGGACCCCCAGCCCAACCCGCAGGAGGAGGCUGAGCCAGUGCCCUCCAGUCCAGCACUGCCUGAGCCGGUGCAUCAAUUGCCCGUGCUGACAAUCCAGGACCUGGUCAGUGAGAUGGAACUGGGAGCGGCAGAGGGGGAGCAGGGAGCCAUGAUCGAGGAUCCCGUGGGCCUUGUAGGUGAAGAAGACUUGCUGAAACCAGCAGAAGCAGAAAUACCAGAAGCUUUGAAUAUUCCUCUGGAAAAUGAAUACCGGGAUGAUGAGUACAGCACAGAUAUUCUAUUUUAAUUUGCUGUUGGUGGU